AUGGCGGCCAAGCUGGCCUCUUAUCUCCCCGCCGGCUCCAGCACCAUAGGCCCGUCCCAGGGCAUUGAUCUCAAUGGAGCUCACGGGGCUGCGAAACCUGCACCCCUCUCCCAGGUCAGAUACCCCUCGACCUCGCUGGCCUCCCCGGGCACCGAGAGCAGCAGCGCGGGCCUGGGCAGGCAGCGGGCUGGAGGAGCGGCGGCCUGCGCUCCCUCCGGCACAAAGCCCCAGCCAGCCGGCCUGGAGAGCCGCCUGCACCCACCCGCCCCCGGCUCCUGCCAACAGGGAUUCCCUCCCGCCUUCCCCAGCAAACCCGGCUCUCCCGGGGGCUGGAGGCAGCCUGGGGAAAGCGGCCCAGCGCUGAUAACUGACUCAGCUGGGCACAUCCUGUAUGCCAAGGAGGAUGCCACUAAGGGCAAGUUUGCCUUCACCACAGAAGACUAUGAUAUGUUUGAGGCCUGUUUUGAGAGCAAGCUUCCUGUGGGAACAGGGAGGAUGCCGGACCAGCUCGUGAUUCUGGAUAUGAAGCAUGGAGUUGAAGCAAAGAACUACGAGGAGAUUGCUAAAGUGGAGAAGUUGAAGCCUCUGGAAGUAGAAUUGAGGCGCUUGGAAGAUCUUUCAGAGUCCAUCGUUAACGACUUUGCCUAUAUGAAGAAACGAGAAGAGGAGAUGAGGGACACGAAUGAGUCGACAAACACCCGGGUUCUGUACUUCAGCAUUUUCUCCAUGUGCUGUCUCAUCGGACUGGCCACUUGGCAGGUUUUCUACCUGCGUCGCUUCUUCAAGGCUAAGAAACUGAUUGAGUAAAGGAGCAAGUCCUCCUCCCCCUCCUCUCACACCCAGCUGGACACCGCUGGGACCCAGCCAUGGCCCCCUGGAGCCAUCUCACAGAUGAUACCCACUGACUGGAGCUUUUCUGCAGAUACUUGGACCCUAAAGGAGGAGGGGAGCCUAAACAUUGGAGGCAGCGGGGGACUUGUGAAAUCCUGUUGGAUGUUGUGGGUGGGGGAGGUUGUGAUGGGUUUGGGGAUUCCUGGGGCAGCGAUUAAAUAAAAAAAAAGAUGUUUCCAUGACAGCUGCAGCAAGUUUUUGCGCUGUCUGUUCUCCGUUUAUGAUCUUGGCUUGAUGAUGUCUCCCAUCUGUCUGUGACUUUAGUGUUACUCUGAGCCACUUGACCCUGCUGAGCAUUUUAGGUGCCAUGCAGCUAGCACCAGGGCAGGGCAGGGGAUUCCCUGUUCUGACCAGCUGGGAUCUAAGCCUCGUGCAAACGGAGGUCAGUGCAAAGCAAUAGGUUUCAUCAUUUCAGCAGGGCCUGAGGAUAGAGGGAGGUCCAAAGUUUGGUCCCUGUCGUGGACCUCUGUGUUUCUCCCUGUGGGAGCUGGUGUCUUUGUGCUGACAGAUCAGGGCACUUGAGCAUACGGUGGUUCAGCCUGGAGGAAGGGGAGCCUUGGAAGGAGGGCUUGGGAGCGUGUUUGAGCUUGGAAAGGAGAAGCCUGCUUUGCUCAAAUAAGCUGUCCAGCCUUGGUCCUGCCCUUGCUCCACGUGUUUGUCUUGGAUUUGCCUCUUUUGUUCUGAAAUGAUGCAGCAGCUUUCCUGAAAGCCUUGGUCAGGGAUGGCCUCUUGUGCAGACAGGAGGCCUCGGUCAGAUACAGUCACAGAGCAAAUAGGAGCAGGUUAUGCUAGGGAACUUGGUCUUACAUUGAGCAGGAGACUUUUCUCAUCUAACAGUGUAGUGUUUAUCCAGCAGGCAGGUGGCUGAAUCUCAUUUUCUGAGACCUCAAAGCAAGGUGGGCUGCUGCUCAUGUGAAGCAUGGGGGCCUGUGCCCUGCACUGGGGUCUGAGGGUGCAAGGGUGCUUUGCAGGUUGGCAGAGGAGUUGGAAGAAUGUGGAUGAACUCAAAAACAGCAGUGCAGGAUAGGAAUAGGCUAAUUCCAAAUCUGGGGGAGCCUGAACUGUGUCCUCAACAGAACUGUUAUUCUCCUAUGCGGUACUACAGAGAGAGCAAGCAGCUUCUCGUCGUUUCUCAGCCAUUCAGAUGGCAUGAUGUUAAAUAAGCCAGGCUGGUUAACUUCCUGGACUUACCUGCUGCAGUUUUUCGGCAGUGAUCAAAAUUCUUUCACCUUGUCUGCAUUCCUUCAGAGUAAAUGGUUCAGCAGCACAGCAUUCUGUUGUGCUGUGCCUAGGCACUUCUGGCUAGGGAAGGGGUUGUCGUGCCCCAUGG